AGACCUCUUUUUUUUCCCUUUCUUCUUAUAUACACACACAUACAAUAUGAGCGAUAACGAACGUUCCGGAAAUACAGGGGAUGAUGAACUGUCUCUUCCUAAAGCAACUGUACAAAAGUUAAUCAACGAAAUGAUGCCAGAUGACAUUGUCUGUUCUAAAGAUACUCGCGAUCUAUUGAUAGAUUGCUGUGUUGAAUUUAUUCAUUUGAUAGCUUCUGAAGCCAACGAAAUAUGCGAAAAAGAAACAAAAAAGACAAUUGCGGGUGAACAUGUCUUGGCAGCACUCACUGAACUUGGAUUCGAAGAUUAUACAGAAGAAGUGGAUGAAGUAUUUAAAGAACACAAGAAACAACAAAAGGAUCGAGACAGAAAAAGCACUCGAUUAGAAAAUAGGGGUAUUUCUGAAGAAGAAUUACUACGACAGCAGGAACUACUCUUUGCUCAAUCACGCAUUAAAUUUGAAGCACAACAACAAUAACCUUGUACAGUUUAAUAAUAAUAAAAAUGAGUUCUUUUUCCCGAGUUAGCGCGCACCUUAUUGAAUCAGAGAGCGCGCUCGUUAUGCCGAAUGACAGAC